GUCUUACUAUUAAUAAUAUGAUAAUGAUGCCAAUUAUUUUGAUAAAACUACGCCUACCCAAAACCCCUUCACUCUUUUGACUCUGUUUCUGCAUCUAUGGCAGAGGCAAAUCUAAGAUAUGCUGUUGUUACAGGGUCAAACAAGGGGAUAGGAUUUGAGACAGUUAAAGAGUUGGCCUCAAAUGGAAUCAAGGUGGUGCUCACUGCAAGAGAUGAGAGUAAGGGUAUUGAAGCCAUUGAGAAGCUCAAAGAGUGUGGUGUCUCUGAUAAGCUUGUGGUUCUUCACCAACUUGAUGUCACUGACCAUGCUAGCAUUGCAUCAUUAGCGGAGUUUGUUAAGACACAGUUCCCGAGACUUGAUAUCCUGGUGAAUAAUGCAGGAAUCAGUGGUGUCAAUCCAUAUGAAAAGGAUGAACCAACAUUUAAAUGGGAGGAACUAACACAAACUUAUGAGAUGGCUGAAAAGUGUAUAUUGACAAACUACUAUGGUGCCAAGAAAACAACUGAGACAUUUCUUCCACUACUUCAGUUAUCAAAUUCACCAAGGGUUGUUAAUGUUUCCUCUGAAGCAGGGUUGUUAAAGAACAUACCAAACAAAUGGGCUAAAGAGGUGCUUGGUGAUGCUGAAAACCUUAGAGAAGAGAAAAUAGAUGAGGUGCUCAAGGAGUUCCUCAAAGACUUCAAAGAAGGCACACUAGAAAUCAAAGGCUGGCCAAUUAACAUGAGUGCCUAUAGGGUCUCAAGAACAGCAAUGAAUUCUUAUACAAGAUUCAUGGCAAAGAAGCACCAGAACUUGUGCAUUAAUUGUGUGUGCCCUGGUCCUUGCAAAACAGACAUAACCAGAAACACUGGUACUCUUUCUGCUGCUGAAGGUGCUGCAAGUGUUGUGAGAUUAGCACUUCUACCUGAUGGCUCACCUUCUGGCCUUUUCUUUAUUAGAAAAGAGUUGUCAAGUUUUUGAAUCAUUUUAUUUAUAAAAUGGAGAUAAUUUGAUCAUUCAGGAUUCAAUUUACCAAGUUUAAAGUAUCAUGUGGUUGAUUUAUUAUUUU